ACAAGAUUGUGUUAAUAUGUGUUUCUGAUAUAUUCACUCGUUUAAAACAAGUAGACUCUUUAUCUGCCUGAAGAUAAGUACCUUUUUAUAUAACUAUUUAAAUGAUUCAAGUUUUUCUGAUUAGUAUUAAAUCUGUGUUGGUGUUAAAUUGACUAAACGAAUAUGAACAAGUGGAAGGUGUUAGUUACUAAUCCAACUAUACAACAAUGUGGAUUAAAUUUUUUGAGAGAAAAUGGAUGCCAGAUUACGGUAGUAGCAGCUGAAAGUCGAGCAGAGAUUUUAAAAAAUGUUAAGGGCAUAGAUGCUCUUUUUUGGGCUUCCGGCCUUUCCUUGGAUGCUGAAAUACUGGAUGCAGCAGGUCCACAGAUGAAAGUUAUUGGAUGCAAUUCAGCUGGCUAUAAUCAUAUUGAUGUACAAGAAAUUAAAAAACGUGGUAUUCGUUUAGGUAAUACUCCAAAUGUACUCGACGAUGCUGUAGCUGAUAUGGCAGUGUUACUCGCAUUGGCAGCAUCCAGAAGACUUCACGAAGGAAGAUUAAAAAUUGAGAGAAAUGAAUGGGAAGUCUAUAAAUGGAAAUGGAUGCUUGGACAAGACAUAGCGAAUUCAACAGUUGGUAUUAUCGGUUUGGGCAACAUUGGACAAGCCAUUGUGGAGAGAUUAAAAGUUUUCAAAGUAAAACAAUUUUUGUAUACUGGUCAUAGGGAAAAACCUGAAGCUGCUAAACUGGGCGCAAAAUUUGUAUCAUUAAACACUUUACUAGAAGAGAGCGAUUUUGUUGUAGUGGUAGUCCCACUAACAUCGGAGACCAAAGAAAUGUGCAAUCAAGAAUUUUUCUCAAAAAUGAAGAAAACUGCAGUAUUUGUCAAUGUAAGCAGAGGUCAAGUAGUGGACCAGCCAGCUUUAAUUGAUGCUUUAAAAAAUGGUACAAUAUAUGCCGCAGGUUUAGAUGUGAUGACCCCAGAACCUUUACCCCCAGAUAAUGAAUUACUAAAAUUAGCCAAUGUUGUAAUAGUUCCUCAUUUGGGUAGUGCUACUAACAAUACACGAGAUGCCAUGUCAAAUUUAACAGCUCAAAACAUUUUACGAGGUCUAAGAGGAGAAGAAAUGGUGACACCUGUUGUCUAAAGUGUUAUACAUAUAGCUAUAUUUCUAAAAUUAUUUUUAUAUACAUCUAAUGAAUAAAAGUUAUUGAAGCAGUUGAA